AUGACGGCUUGUUUGCUCCAACUUACUCGUCAUAAUUACAGAUUAUUAUCCCGAACUUUUUCGAAAGCCCUCACUAUACAAAGGCAGAUGUCCGUUGCAAGCCCCUCUCCAAUUAGUAGCUAUUUAAGUACAAUUAACAAGUCUUUACAACAGAAUUUACAGACAUGCUUUCAUUUUCAAGCAAACGAAAUCGACAUCAUCGAAUCUCCAUCGCAUUUUUACGACCUCUUAAAGUCGAAAAUACUUAGUUCGCAGAACAGGAUCUUCAUUGCAUCCUUGUAUUUGGGCAAAAGUGAGACUGAAUUGGUGGAUUGUAUAGCUCAGGCAUUGUCCAAGAACCCCAAUUUGAAAGUCUCCUUUUUGUUAGAUGGUCUUCGUGGGACAAGGGAAUUGCCUUCCACUUGUUCUGCUACUUUGCUAUCGUCUUUAGUCGCCAAAUAUGGAUCUGAAAGGGUAGACUGCCGACUAUACAAGACUCCUGCUUAUCAUGGUUGGAAAAAAGUCCUGGUUCCCAGAAGAUUCAAUGAAGGUUUAGGCUUACAACAUAUGAAGAUUUAUGGAUUUGAUAAUGAGGUCAUUCUUUCAGGCGCCAACCUUUCAAACGACUAUUUUACUAACAGACAGGACAGAUAUUAUCUCUUCAAAUCCACGAAAUUUUCCAGUUAUUAUUUCAAAUUACAUCAACUCAUAAGUUCCUUCAGUUAUCAGAUCGCAAUGCCGAAAGUCGACACCAAUGUUGAUAUUAUUUGGCCUGAUUCGAACCCCACAGUUGAACCAAUGAAAAAUAGAAGGAAGUUCCUGAGGGAAGCAUCUCAGUUACUUGACAAGUUUUUACAGGGCUCUAAUCAAAAUUUUCCAAUCACUUCAACCGGCCAAUUUACCACUAUAGUUUACCCAAUUUCGCAAUUCACCCCACUUUUCUCUAAAUAUAAUGACAAAUCGACAGAAAAAUCAACGAUAUUGUCAUUGCUAUCGAAUAUAACAAAUAGUGCCAUAUCUUGGACAUUCACCGCAGGAUACUUCAAUAUUCUUCCAGAAAUAAAGGCUAAACUUCUAGCGACACCAGUUGCAGAGGCAAAUGUGAUAACGGCAUCUCCCUUCGCAAACGGAUUUUACCAAUCAAAAGGUGUCUCAUCAAACUUACCUGGUGCCUACUUAUACUUAUCCAAGAAAUUUUUACAAGAUGUCUUUAAAUACAAAAAAGAAAAUGCCAUUACAUUAAGAGAAUGGCAAAGGGGCGUAGUAAAUAAACCUAAUGGUUGGUCAUAUCACGCGAAGGGUGUUUGGCUUUCUUCUCGUGAUAAAAGCGACGAUGAUAGUUGGAAACCCUUCAUCACAGUAGUAGGGUCUUCCAAUUACACAAGAAGAGCGUAUUCAUUAGACUUAGAAUCGAAUGCUCUCAUUAUUACCAAAGAUGAAGAGCUGAAAAAUAAAAUGAAGGCUGAAUUGGAUAAUCUAUUACAAUACACGAAGCCUGUUACCUUGAAAGAUUUUCAGUCGGACCCAGAAAGGCACGUUGGCGCUGGUGUUAAGAUAGCCACUUCUGUUCUCGGCAAAAAACUUUAA